GAAACAUAAAAAUUCUUACUAAGUUCAGUUUGUAAAUUAUUCACUCUAUGGUGUUUUGCUAAUAAGAAUCUCGAUGACUUUUCGUUUUAAAUAAAAUGCUGAAUUUUCUAAUAUAUUUUUGUGAUAUACAAUAAAAGUAUUCCAACAGAAAAUAUAUUGAUACUGAACAAGCAUAGUUUUAUGAUGUCAGUGACAUAACUCUCUCGUUCUAAAUAGUGGAUUUAAGAGCUUUGUUAAACUUAAGAUUAGUAAUAUAAAUACCUCAUAUAGUACCGGCAAUCCUGGUGCCAAGAAGUGUCUGUUUCGACGACAUUUUCUGGCGAAAAUGAAUCGCCAUGAAGGAGUCAGCUGUGAUUCUUGUUUGAAAAAUAACUUCAGAGGACGACGAUACAAAUGCUUGAUUUGCAUCGAUUAUGACUUGUGCGCAGCCUGCUAUGAGUCCGGCGCUACCACAAACCAACACACUACAGAGCACCCAAUGCAAUGCAUUCUAUCUAGAAGUGACUUUGAUCUGUACUAUGGUGGCGAGGCAUUAACCUUGGAACAACCGCAAGCAUACACAUGUCCAUUCUGCAAUCGGAUGGGCUUCACUGACACAACACUCAUGGAGCAUGUUACCGCAGAACAUGCAGAUACUACAUUGGCUGUGGUGUGUCCAGUAUGUGCUUCGAUGCCUGGUGGGGAACCAAAUUUUGUGACCGAUGACUUUGCCGGACAUCUUACAUUGGAACAUAGGACUGGUCCUAGAGAUCUCAUUUCGUUUCUAAUAUCCUUUUAA